UGCAGGUUUUUCGAAUACAAAGUCACUCCCAUCUGUUGCAACUGUAACUACUGGCUCAUUGUGCACUACUUCAUCUGUUGGUGUAGUUACAUCUCCUCCACCAGCAUCUAUUAAUGAUGCAGCACGGACUACACCAUUUGUAACUACAUGUGGUAAUACGCUUCCUCCUACCUCAACACCUAUUGAUAAACAAAUUGGAGAGUCUAUGAACACUUUUAUCACAAAUUCUGCUUUUGUAUCAACUUCAUCUGUCAGUGUGACACCUGGCUACUCAUUUUCAAUUUCAUCAGCCAAAGUGCAGAUCCAGCUACUGAUGAGCCUCUUUUGGUUGCAACUUCAUCUGUUAGUGUGACACCUACUGGCUCGUCUGAUCCAACUGUAUCAAACCCUGAUGGUUUAAGUCCGAACGAUUCCAGAUUUGACUAUACUUGGAUACUGAUCCUUCUCUCGGCAAUUAUAACAGCAUUAAUUCUGUUUUGCAUCAUAAUCUUCUGUGUUUGCGUCUGUCGGAGGCGAUUUUGUACUAAGUCAAAGAAGAUGUCCCUCAAGAGGCUGAGUCUGUCUUUUGGUUUUGAAAGCUUCCACGGGUUCACUCCCUCUUCUCUCCCCAUUAACCCCAUUUACGUCUCCCACAACGGCGAGGCUAUUGAGCACGCUCUCUCCACAGAGACAACAAUGAUCGAGCCACCGAUGGCACCUAUUGAAGAGAAGACUGGGGAUCAGGACAUUUAUUUGCUCGACAUUGAGGGAAGUGACGACUCCCCUGCACUGAAGAAAAAUGCCUUCUUUGAUCCAAUCUUGGCAGAAAUGUUUGGAGAUUACGUCACCCGAUGUCACUCCAGUGACAAUAGGGACUUCAAACAUCAGUUUACAGGAUACAAUUUUGAGCACAAGUUCAUAGCAACACAAGGACCACUGCCUAACACAACUGUUGACUUCUGGAGGAUGGUGUGGCAGGAGAGGUCUCGGAACAUUGUGAUGGUCACCAAUCUGGUGGAGGGAAAUAGGAUCAAGUGUCACAAGUACUGGCCAGAGACUGGGACCCUGUCCUUUGGCCCCUUCAAUGUCACCAUCAUAGGACAACAGAUACUGGCUGACUACACCACUCGGGAAUUUAGUGUUCAGCUGACGGAGAGUUCAGAACCAGCUCUGAGUGUGACUCAGUUCCACUUCACAGCCUGGCCUGACCAUGGAGUGCCUGACUAUGCGACUUCACUUCUGGCCUUCCACAAGAAAGUGAAGAAACAUCAUAAGCCAUUCAUGGGACCAAUUAUUGUCCAUUGCAGGACAGGGACUCUGAUAACUAUUGACUGUGUUCUUGAGCAGCUGCAAGAGGAGAAGGUGGUGGAUAUAGCUGGUGUCAUCAUCCACCUCCGCACACAGAGAAUGAAAAUGGUCCAGAGCUUGGAACAAUAUAUCUUCAUCCAUGAUGCUAUCCUUGAGGUCCUGAUGUGCGGUGAUACCCAAAUUGAUGCUGCCUGUAACCUCCGCAGAGUUACUCAGAGAAUGAGUGACUGUGACCCACAAACCAAUCUCAAUGAGUUUGAAAAGCAGUUUAAGGUACUUGAGAAGGUUUCUGUAAAGCCAGAAGAGAUUACAAGGAAUGAGGCUCUUCGUAAUCCCACCAAGAAUCGGAGUGACUACUACCUCCCUGGUGAUGCCUGGCGUGUGACACUAAGAGGAGAUCUCCAGACUUAUAUCCAUGCCGUUUUUGUUAAUGGGUACAAGCAACAGAGAGCAUUCAUCAUGGCUCAAAGUCCCAUGGAGUCCACAGCCAGAGAUUUCUGGAAGAUGGUCCACGACAGGAAGUGUGGAGUCAUUGUUAUGCUCUGUGACUUGGUGGAAAAUGGGCAGGAGACGUGUUACCAGUAUUGGCCUCAGACUGGACUGAUUCAGUUUGUAGGCUACAAGGUUGAUCUGAUGGAGGAAAAUGUCAUGGAGGGAUUCAUCAUGCGCAAAUUAAGCGUCUAUAGUGAGAAGGCAAGCCGUACCCACCAGGUAGUUCAGUUGCACAUGACUAACUGGAGUCCUGAUGGCAGCUGCUCUCACCUGGCCACCAUCACCAGUGUGAUAAAUGAGAUGUCUGCAAUUCAGAGGAGAACUGGCAACCAUCCUGUUGUAGUACACUGCAGUGACACAGUGGGUAGGUCGGGGAUGUUCUGUGCCAUAGUCACCACCAUUGAGAGGUGUAAGACAGAGGGAGUGGUGGAUGUGUUCCAGGUGGUCAAGGCUCUCAGGAUACAGAAACCUGGAGCUGUCCUCACUGUGACCCAGUAUCACUUGUUGUUUGAAGCGAUUUUGGCCUAUUUGGAUUCAUUUGACGCUUACUGCAAUUUUCUAGACCUCUAAUCUCUUUCUCAGAUAUUACACACCAAUUGUUGUGCUUGUAAUGAACAC